UAGUUUAAACGCGCUCAAAUAAGCAAGAACGCAUUCGCUCCACCAAACAAUAUUGUUUGCUAAUUUAUAAGAUAAACUGUAAACAUUAGCUAAAUUUAUUGCUUGCAAAACAUGGCUGACGUGUUCAUCGUAUCUGCAGCGCGAACUCCCAUUGGCAGUUUCAAUGGCACGCUUUCUAAACUGAAGGCCUCUGAUCUGGGCAGUGUGGUCAUCAAGGAGGUGAUGAGGAGGGCCAAUGUGGAGGCGCCACAUGUCAACGAAGUCAUCAUGGGUCAGACACUUACGGCGGGACAAGGUCAGAAUCCCGCCCGUCAAGCCUCCCUGAAAGCGGGUCUGCCCAUUGAAGUGCCCGCUUAUGGCAUCAACAUGCUCUGCGGAUCCGGUUUGAAAACUGUUGUGCUGGGCUACCAGGCGAUAAGAUCUGGAGAUGCGCAAAUUGUUGUUGCCGGUGGCCAGGAGAACAUGUCGCUGGCUCCACACGUGAUGCAUCUGCGACAGGGCGUCAAAAUGGGACCUGGCACACUGGUGGAUUCCAUGCUCAACGAUGGCCUCACCGAUGCCAUGGAGAUCAUCCACAUGGGCGUCACAGCGGAGAAUCUCGCGGAGCAGUAUCAAAUAAGUCGCGAGGCGCAGGAUGUUUCCGCCGUCGAGUCCCAACAGCGUGCGGAGCUGGCUCAAACCAAAGGAUACUUUGACAACGAGAUUGUGCCAGUUGAGAUUAAGGAUCGAAAGGGUACAACGCUAUUCAGCAAGGAUGAGUACAUCAAGUACGGCAGCAACAUUGAAGGAUUGCAAAAGUUGCGGGCUGCUUUCAAGGAUAACGGCACAAUCACCGCUGGCAAUGCAUCCGGCGUAAAUGAUUCCGCUGCCGCAUUGCUGCUCAUGUCCGGCGAGGAGGUCAGCAAGCGUGGCGUCAAGCCGCUGGCCAAGAUUGUGGGCUGGGCACAAAGCGGCAUUGAACCCAAGGUGAUGGGUCUGGGUCCAGUUACCGCUGUCGAAUCUCUGCUGGCGAAGAUCGGCUGGACAUGCGAGGACGUCGAUCUGUAUGAGCUGAACGAGGCUUUCGCUGCCCAAUCCCUGGCCGUGCUGCAGUGCCUCAAACUGGAUGCCAGCAAGGUGAAUGUGCAUGGUGGCGCCAUUGCCUUGGGUCAUCCCAUUGGUGCUUCCGGCGCACGUGUCUUGGUCACGUUGCUCUACGCGCUUCAACGCACUGGAGGACGUCGUGGUAUCGCCUCACUUUGCAUUGGCGGCGGCAUGGGCAUCGCUUUGGCCGUGGAGCGCAUCAUCUAAAUUCGUUAUCAAUUUGUCAAUUGAAUUCAAUUAGUUUCCCACUUAAUAAGUGCAAAGUCUUCUAUAUUUUUCGAUGUAUUGUUAUUUUUCACCUAAUUUUGGUAUUACACGUGGUCACAAAUAUUUGUAUAAAGAUGUAAACAAUAAA